UAAAUCCCCAGGCCCCCCUGAUUGCGGCCCUGGGGAUUAAGUUGCAGAUGAAAAGAUCACUAGCCGCCAUUGUCCAGAGCAAGCAACGUCCAAGAAUCAAUUAGCACUUUUCCUCCAUUUGAUUCUACCGCUCAAUAACUAAGCCUCUGUAUGGUGGCCACAUGGUAGGGUCAUGUGAUCAUGAUGUCACAGGGUCCUGUAAGAGAAUAGGAACUGGACGCUAACUAUAGACAGAAGGCAAGAAGCCUGCAAUUAAUAAGUUUGCGAGACGAGCUUGUAACGAUCCGGGACUGUGGGCUGUGCGAAAGAAAGCCGGGAGUGUCCCGGGAAAAGCGGAACUGUGGGGGGAGUAUGAAUGAUUAAUACUCAGGUACUCGGGUAGGCUUAGGUCCUAGUUGCAGACCGAUUUGAUGUUAUGAGUGGGAAACAGAAAACACUUUUCCAGACGUGGGGAAAUAACCAACCCCCGGAAACCAGGAAGGCCAAGGAAACUAAGCCUAGAAAAGGUAAAACCAGCGCAGUCGGUCGAGGAAAGCAGUCAGUGCCAAGGGGGGUUCUACACAGACCGCCUGUACCAGUCAGGCAGCAACCUUCGACCUGUCAACAGGAGGUGGAAGAUGAUGAUGAUGAUGUACUGCUGGUCGCUGUAUACGAGGCAGAGAAAACACUUAACCAAAGCGGAAUCCUAAAUGCUGAAGGUCUCCAGAGCAAAGACAAGCAGAAUGCCCACUCAGUACAGGGCAACCACUCAGUACAGGGCAACCACUCAGUACAGGGCAAACUAUGGGAUGAACUGGGGAAAACAUCUUCACCUGCUGUCCUUGGUUUACCUGGAAUUGCAUGCCAAAUACAGGGGAACCAAAGGGGUAACAACACUGCUAUCAACAGUGACUGUAGAACUUUUGGAACCUCUAGAAAUGUACCUACCACUAAUCAGGAUAUGGAAAGCAAGGAUGAGGCAAAAGCCACUGAUAUUGAAAACCUGCCUGGCUUUGACCUGUCAGCUGGUAGUGUGUGGAUCUAUCCAACUAAUUAUCCUAUACGAGACUAUCAGUUUAACAUAUCUUACACAGCUUUGCUGCAAAACACCCUUGUAUGUCUGCCCACUGGACUGGGUAAAACAUUCAUAGCUGCUGUGGUGAUGUACAACUUCUACCGCUGGUAUCCUUCAGGCAAGAUUGUCUUUAUGGCCCCUACCAAGCCCCUGGUGGCCCAACAGAUCGAGGCCUGCUUUAGAGUCAUGGGAAUUCCACAGGACCAUAUGGCAGAAAUGACAGGAAGUACCCAGGCUCAAAAUCGUAAAGACAUGUGGGAAAAGCACAGAGUCUUUUUUCUUACUCCCCAGGUCAUGGUGAAUGAUCUUACACGUGGUGCUUGUCCUGCUUCGGAAAUAAAAUGUCUGGUUAUUGAUGAAGCACAUAAAGCUCUUGGUAACCAUGCCUAUUGUCAGGUUGUAAGAGAAUUGACCAACUACACAAACCAGUUUCGUAUUCUUGCUCUGAGUGCCACACCAGGGGGUGAUACUAAGUCAGUGCAACAGGUGGUGUCCAACUUGUUGAUCUCACAAAUAGAACUCAGGUCAGAGGAUUCUCCUGAUAUCCAACCCUACAGCCAUGAAAGGCAGCUUGAGAAGUUUGUUGUGCCACUUGGUGAGGAACUCGAGUCUGUGCAGAAAACCUACCUACAGGUGCUGGAGACAUUUGCUGGACGUCUUCUAAAAAACAAUGUGCUGUCAAGGAGAGAUAUUCCAAAUCUAACAAAAUAUCAGAUCAUUCUGUCUCGAGAUCAGUUCAGGAAGAAUCCUCCAGCAAACGUAAUUGGAGCUCAGCAAGGGGUGAUAGAAGGAGAUUUUGCUCUCUGUAUAAGUUUAUACCAUGGUUACGAACUUCUCUUACAAAUGGGAACUCGGUCUUUAUACUCCUAUCUUCAUGGAAUUAUGGAUGGCUCCAAAGGUAUGACCCGUGCACGGAAUGAGCUCAGUCGCAAUGGAGACUUCAUGGAACUCUAUCAGCAGCUGGAGAACAUGUUUUCUGACCUUAAUGUUACAGAAGGAAAUGGAAGUCUUCUUUUUAACACAAGUCUAAGAGCAGAUGCCAAAAAGCCAUUUGUGUAUAGCCACCCAAAGUUAAAAAAACUAGAAGAUGUUGUUAUUCAGCAUUUUAAAUCUUGGAAUAAAAACGGAGAUCAAAAUACUUCCAACCAGAUUCCUGGAGACACUCGGAUCAUGAUUUUCUCUUCAUUUCGAGACAGUGUUCAGGAGAUUGCGGAGAUGCUUAACCAACACCACCCUACUGUAAGGGUAAUGACCUUUGUAGGCCAUUCGUCCGCUGGCAAAGGAGUCAAAGGUUUCACACAAAAAGAGCAGCUUGAGGUUGUAAAACGGUUUCGUGAGGGUGGUUUUAACACGCUGGUUUCAACAUGUGUAGGGGAAGAAGGUCUUGAUAUAGGGGAAGUGGAUCUUAUCAUAUGUUUCGAUGCCCAGAAGAGUCCAAUUCGUCUUGUUCAAAGAAUGGGCCGAACUGGCAGGAAACGUCAAGGCCGGAUUGUUGUAAUACUUUGUCAGGGACGGGAGGAAAGGACUUAUAACCAGAGCCAGAGCAAUAAACGGAGCAUCUACAAAGCUAUUUUAGGCAAUAACAAAAUGUUACAUCUCAAUCCUCAAAGCCCUCGCAUGGUUCCAGAAGGUUUGAACCCAAAAGUGCACAAGAUGUUCAUCACACAGGGGAAUUAUGAAGCCAAAGAGAGCAUUCGGCCAAAGCACAAAGACAGGCGCUCAAGUACAAAGCAUUGUAAUUCCUCUCUGUUCCUUAAUGCAUCUGCAGAUACUUUAAAAGAGGAGUGGGAUCUGACACAUGCUGAAUUUGAGACCUGGAACAGACUGUACCGGCUGCAGGAGUCUGAUGGAAUAAUGGAUGUAAGACUGCCGAAAUCUCAGUUUGAGUACUUUAGAGAUGCAGAACCAAACAAGGAACGGCCAUCUGGAAAUAUACACAAGCUCUCCUUAACUGAAUGGAGAGUCUGGCAAAACCGACCCUUCCCUACCGACUCAGUUGAUCACUCAGACAGAUGCAAGAAUUUCAUACAUGUCAUGGAGAUGAUUGAGCUGAUGAGACUGGAGGAGGGUGAUUGCAACUAUGAUUUGGAAAUGAUGUCUUACUUGAACAAAGAAGAUGUUGACCCAACAGCCACAAACACAAGAGCUAUCAAUGUUCUGGAUAAUAAUUCAAAAGUUGCUGAAAAAUCAACUCAUCCUAAAAAAGGAAAAACCUAUAAAAAUACACCUUUAUCUUUAGUUCUUGAGCCUGAUGAGGAUUUUAUGUCCUCAUGUAAGAAGAUCACAAAAUCACAUUCCACAGACUUUGUAGCAGUAGAUUCAAAGGUCCAUGCUCAAGGAACAGAAGAAGGUGGCAGUACAGAGUUAGAACGUGUGGUUGGUUUAAAUGAGGAUGAUCAUGGUAAAGAAAGUGUUUUUAGUGCAAAUGUCACUAAAUACAAAGACUCUAGGUCUAAUGCUGUAACCAGUAAUCAAUCUGAUUCAGACCACAUGUUGUUAAUAAGUGAUACUGAAGAUGCAGUUGCUAAAUCUCAGAGUAAUGUAGAUGCCAAAGCUGAUUCUGGAUACCAUAGUUUUAAUGAAGAUCCUUCCUCCAAUUUAUCCAACUUGUUUUAUACUCCUCAGUCAUUUAUUAAUCAUGGUGUGUUUACAGAAUUUGUAGACAAUAAAAUCUGCGAGCUGAAGAAAAUGUUAUUACAUAUAAAAAGAUUCUUGUCACAUUCUCCUCCUCCAAUAAAUGAACUUGAUUGUUUGGACGAUUUUCAGAAAUAUGAAAACUUUUCCCAUCACUCUUGCCUUUCUGACCCUGUAAAAGAUAAGACUCAAGAAGAUUUAUUACUACAGCCACUAACACAGCAGCCUCUAACACCUGUACCUGUAACAAUCAAUUCAAAAGAAAUGCAGGCUGAACUUAAUCACAAGAAACAGACUGACCGUGUAGCCGGCACACUGUUACCAGCUACUGAAGUAAAAAAAGAUGAUGUACUUUUUGGGGAGGAUCGUUUAAAACCCAGAGAUGUUAUACAGACAGUAGGUGGUAAAGCAGCAUGUUCAGAAAAAAAUGUUGGAUUUUACAGUGAAGAUUCUUCGAAACCAAGCAGCUCCAAAGAUUUACAUGAUGUUAGGACAGAAAAUGAUGAUCAUUGGGAUGAAUUGUUUGAUUAUGAAAGCCAAGAUAAAGAAAAUGAAAACUUCACUUUUCAAGUUAACAUGCCAGUGUUAGAAGGUGGUGACACUGAAGGUUCAUCUGCAGAGAAUGAGAACCACAAUAUUGAUUCCGUGCCUACUUUCUUGGAGGACAGCUUUGAUUUAUUUGAAGAGGAUGGAUUUUCUGAUAAUGCCAACUAUGGGCAGUUACAUUCUAAACAUGAAAGCACAGAUAAGCCACAUGAAAAUGCUAAGACAACUGUAACGUUUAACAUGUUUGAUCCAUCUUCUUUGCUUCAAGAGCAAGUACAAACUGAAGAUGAACCAGAAACAAAGGAUGAUAUUUGGUCUCAAGAGAAUUUAGAAGAACUUGAUUGCUCUGAGGAACUCUAUUCUGUCAAUUUUGAUCUAGGGUUUUCUAUUGAAGAUGAUGAACUUUCAGAAAGUGAUGGUAAAAAUGAGACCCCUUCCAAGGAUUCCAAAGAUGAUGAACUUUCAGAAAUUGAUAGUAAAAAUGAGACCCCUUCCAAGGAUUCCAAAGAUGAUAAUCUUUCAGAUAGUAAAAAUGUGACCCCUUCCAAGGAUUUCAAAGUCCCAAACCCCCUCAAAAGGAAUGACAUGAAUGCCAUUGGAGGUAAUGCAGUUUCAACGCCUGUGGUGUCUUCUAAUAUUUGCUCUACAUUUUCAGAGGUAGCUGAAAAACAAAUUCAUUUAUUUUCACCACUUGAACCAGUUAGAGGAAAAAUCUCAUUAACUCCUGAAAAGUCAUUGUGCUCUUCAUCAUUUUUUACACCAAUUGGUGAAAAGUUCAGAAGUCCCCAAACGCCUUUAGGUAAUCUGUGUGACUCUGAGGCUGGUGAACUACAAUCCUCCAAAGCAGGAGAAAAAAGCAUACACUCUACAACUAAUUUCAGUGUUCAUGACGGCAGAGUUGUCCAAGCAGAAAGAAGACAGACAAAUUCAUGUUCAGAGCACUCAUUGAUAGAGAGCAGCCCAGAAAGUGAGGACGACGUUGUUAUCUGUCGGAAAAGAAAAUUGACAAAGGCCAAUGUCCUUAUGUCACCACAGACUGCAAGCAGCGACUGUGAUUUUGACUCACCAAUUCCCACUGCUAAGAAGCGCAGACACGUGUUAAAAACACCUGACUCAGAUGAGGAGGAAGAAGAAGACAAUUUCAAGUCAACACAUUCCACUGCUCGGGAUAAAUCUGCUGGCCAUUCUAGAAAAUCAUAUCAACACAGAGCAAUAGCAGUAUCAAAAAAGAGAAAGCGCUGUAAGCAAAGAGCAAGGCAGUUUCUAGAUGAAGAAGCAGAACUUUCCUCAGAAGGAGCAGAGUUUGUGUCUUCCGAUGAGGAUAUGAAUUCUGAUAAUGAGCAGGACACUUCGCUUGUGGAGUUUUUAAAUGAUGACCCUCAGCUUUCCCAGGCCCUGAAUGACUCAGAGAUGCAUGGCGUAUACCUGAAGUCUGUGCGUAGCCCAGCUUUUGGUGGACGUUUUAAAAUGGCGCCCCAGAGGAGGAGACAUAACAUGUCUGUUUUUUCACAGAUACCAGAGCAAGAUGAGAGCUACAUGGAAGACAGUUUUUGUGUUCAAGAAGAAGAUGAUGAAGAAGAGGCAGACAACUUGGGAUCUAGUGAGGAAGAAGUGGAAAUUAACUUUGACCUCCUAAAAGAUGUCAGCAUUGUUGGUGGUAAAAAACAGUAUUGUACAAGGAGGCGGCUGAAGCUCAAGGAAGCUCAGUCAAGGCAACGUAACGAUACACAUCCUGUCAAAAAGAAAACAAGGCUUAUUAUUCAGGAUGACUCUAGUGAGGAAGAAGAGACAGAGGCAAAAUCCAGGCUGAAGGAUACUUCUCCUCCUCAAAAGACAUUGCCUUCCUCUAAACCAUCUCUGGGUAACACGUCAUGUCAGAACCAAAGUGCUCCCACGCUGAUUAACAAUGAACUUGAUAUACCACUCAGGGACCGAUGCCAAGCAAGGAUUAAUAUCAAGGCCUCAAUUUCUGAUGAGCUAGAUUUUCAGCCAGAAAGUAAAUGUAGUAGUGGCAGUAAAUCAAGAACGUUGAGCGAAGUUGUCCACUCUAAAGGAAAGGAAGAAGUCAGUAUUGGAAGAGUCAACUUUGAUUUGACCAUGGAUAGUUCAGCUGUAGCAAAUCUCUCCUUCCCAGGGACUGUGGGGGUAUCUGCUCUUGCAGGAAUCAGAACUCUAUGCAUUCUUGCUGACAGCCGGGAAAUCUCCUCUGGGCCUGAGGUCAUCUCCUACCUAAAGAUGUCUCUUGGGGUGAAAGUGGAGGUGUGCUCCCUUGGUGGAUGUGAUUACAUUGUCAGUAGUCGCUUAGCAGUGGAGCGCAAGUCACAGUCCGAAUUUGCAAACAGUGCAAACAGGAGCAAACUGGUGGAUCGGAUCCAGCACUUGCAACAUUUAUUUGAUAGAGUUUGUCUCAUUAUAGAGAAGGACCGAAUCAAACAAGGUGAAACGUCAAGGACAUUUCAGAGAACAAGAUAUUACGACAGCACAUUGUCUGCGUUAAUCAGUGCUGGUGUCCAGGUUCUGUUCAGCUCUAGCCAGGAGGAGACAGCGGGUUUGCUAAAGGAGCUGGGAUUAUUAGAGCAGAGAAAGAACACUGGCAUUGAUGUCCCAACAGAGGUGAAAGGGCACAAACAGGAAGUGAUGCAGUUCUAUCUGUCCAUACCAAACAUCAGCUACAUCACUGCACUAAACUUGUGUCAGCGCUUUGACUCCAUCAGACAAAUGGCCAACAGCUCUGUGCAAGUGAUCUCUGCCCGUGCCCAUGUGAGUGCUCAGAAAGCAGAGGAACUCUAUCGCUAUGUACAUUACAUGUUUGAAGCAGAGAUGGUGGCAUCCGAAAACCCCGCUAAGCGAAGCAGAGUCUCCUAACACAAAGCUGGAACAGACUUUACUACUGAAUAUUCCAGGCCACUUUACAGAAAAUGCACUUUAUUUGUCAUGUCUUUUGCUGUAAAAUAUGUAAAUAAAUGUUUAUUCUAAAAAAGGGCUAAUAUCAUAAGCCUUGUUAUCGCUAAACAUUUGCAUUGAAAUGAAGUUUGUAGUUUAACAUCAUUAAACAUAUUAUAUCCA